ACUUCAGUUGACGACCGAAGUCUCCGCUACAUUACAAUGGCGAGAGCAGCUUUUUUGAAAAAGCAAGUUGCUUUUGAGUCAUCCCAUAUAGAAAAUUUCAAAUAUCCCAAACCCAUAAUGCAAGCAGAGAAUAAAUUUGACUUUUCUUCUAUUAUCAUUAUUAUUAGGGCAACUAUCUUUCUUCUCCACUCCUUCAAUUGACACACAACGGCACCCCCAAAGUCCUCAUCAUCAUCAUCUUCUUCUUCUUCUUCAAUUGACACACUACGGCACCACCAACGUUAUUUUUUCUUGCAGGUACCUCAACAUUUUCUUCAUCUAGUUGAAAUUUCAGUCGCAAUUUAGGAAGGAAGAAAUUUGUCGUACAAUAAUUUGCCAAAAGUUGAGGGUAGGACGUAGAGGGGAGAGAAAAAAAAGGAGGGGGGAGAAAAAGUAAAGGUAAACUUGUACUAACAGUACUAUCUCACUGGUAGGUUGGCAUAUUAACCACCCCAUGUUUUGCACGUUUCUUAGCCUGGAUAUCAUCAUUGAGGGGAACUCCUUUUUACUUGAAAGAAUCGGUGCUCAGAAGGAAACACCAUUGCAGGCAAAACUUAAAUAGGUGCAGAUCAACUUAGUUUCCAUACAACCUUCGCGCUAAGUGCACUUAUCGCACUUAGCAAGUAUGAUGUUGAAGAAUUGGAUAUUAAGGAGCUUCUGCCAGCAUAUUUGAAACCCAAUCUCCAAUCUAGUGAUUUGAUCACAGGGGUCUGUUUUGCUUCAAGUGGCUCAGGGUUCAACAGUGUUGCAAAUUUGAUGAGUAAUAUCAUCAGUGAAGGACAUUCUAUUUUGAGGCCACCAUAUUUUGAUGGCAAAAAUUACACUGAGUGGAAGGAGCGUAUGAUAAUAUUCAUACGAUCUAUCGAUUUUAAGCUUUGGCUUGUGAUAAAAAAUGGACCGAAAAUUCCAACAAAACUAAUAGGCAAUGAAGAAGUGGAGAAAAGUGAAGAUGAAUACGAUGAAGAAGACAUGAAGAAUUUGGAACUAGAAGCACAAGCAAGAAAUAUUUUAUGCCGUGCCAUGAAUCAAGAUGCUUUUGAAAAAUUCUCAAAGGACAAAACAGCCAAGCAAACGUGGGACGAGCUUGAAAGGGAAAUGACAGUUGUCGACUUUCCAACUCAGCAACAACAACCGCAAAUGGGCAAUGCCGCAUCAGCUCGUCAUAAUCGUCCUAACCUUGAGUUUAUAGAGGCAACAGACGAAGAAGCAAAGGACAAAUUUCUAAGCCUUUGUGUGCCUCUUUACAAGUUUGCUCUAGAAGGCAAUUGGCCAGCAGCCAAGGUCAUCUUACAAAAAGAUGUUAGACUCAAGAACGCAGCAAUAGCAGUUGGUUGGGCUACACUUCUGCAUGUUGCUGUAGGUGCAAACCAUGCUCCCUUUGUGAAGGAGCUGCUGCAAGAACUCGACAACCAAGACAUUAAAUUGAAAGAUAUCAAGGGAAACACCGCCUUCUGCUUCGCUGCUGCAUCAGGGAACAUGGAAAUUGUUCAAUUGUUGAAACAAAGAGUUGAAAACUUGCCUAUAAUCAGGGGUGGAGGUGAUCAUACCCCUCUCUAUUUUGCUGUCAUGCAAAGAAAAUGCGACAUGGUAGAGUAUCUGUACGACAAGACCAAAGAUGUAUUCGACGUAAAGGACAGGGAAUCACUGUUCUUCACUUCUAUCACCACCCGCAACUAUCACUUGGCCUUGAAAAUGGCAACAGAGUGUAAAGAGCUAGCUUAUGCACGUGAUCAUCUGAAUAAUGACACAGCGUUGCAUAUCUUGGCUAUGGCUCAUGAUCAAAACCCUUUGGAUUCUUGUUGUCAUUGUUCGGAGCAACAAACUCCCAUCAUGAUCAACCCCGGCAUGAAAAAACAUGUAAUUUUUCAACUGGUUAAGUUUCUCUGGGAAACAAUUCUUCGGGAAAAAACCCUCAAAGAGGCAAUUAAGAUCAUAAGUGAACCUUCUCAACUACUAUUUGAUGCUGCAGAAGUUGGUAAUUUUGGGUUCUUGUCAGAGCUUAUUAGUGCUCACCCUAGCUUGAUAUGGGAAGUGGAUGACAAAAAGCAAAGUAUAAUUCACACAGCGGUUUCGCAUCGCCAUGCCAGCAUCUUCAAUGUCGUACAUGAAAUAGGGUCAAUUAAGGAUAUUAUAGUAGAAGGUUUCGUGAAAGGAAACAACACUUUAUUGCAUUUGGCAGCAAAAUUAGCCCCAUCAGAUCGACUUGAAUUAGUUUCUGGAGCAGCAUUCCAAAUGUCCCACGAGUUAAUAUGGUUUGAGGAGGUGAAGAAGAUAAUGCCACCAUCAUUCAUAAUGUUGAAAAAUUCUGAAGACAAAACCGCUCAGGAAUUAUUCACAAGGGAACAUGAAGGAUUGCGCAGAAAAGCAGAAGAUUGGAUGAAACGCACUGCUGAGUUCUGUAUACUUAUUUCAACUGUCAUUGCUACAGCAGUGUUCUCUGCUGCGAUUAACAUACCAGGUGGCAUCGAUGAUCAAACGAAAAAACCAAAUUACUUGGACAAAACAUCGUUCCUGGUGUUUGCAAUAUCAGAUGGAAUUGCAUUCAUCUCAUCUGCAACUUCAAUAUUAAUCUUCUUGUCAAUUCUCAUCUCGCGUUAUGCGGAGUAUGAUUUUCACAAGUCACUGCCCUUCAAGUUAAUAUGUGGAUUGGUAACUCUGUUCAUCUCCAUAACAUGCAUGAUGGUAGCCUUUGGCAGUGCCUUCUUCAUAACGUACGACUCUGGUUUGAAGGUGGUUCCUGAUUCAAUUUCAAUACUUGCAAGUGUACCUAUUCUUCUAUAUAUUACUUUGCAAUUUUCGUUAUGGAAAGAUAUCAUCUACUCAACAAUUCAUUGCAGGAAUCUAUUUAAGCCAAGCAAACGAAUGAUUCAUAUAUCUUCUAGAUGAGUAGAAGCUAAGUGUUGUAACCAAGAAUCAUGUUGUGAGAUGUUAGAGUUGUAAUAUUUCUGAGUUAUGACAGAUAAUAUUGAAUUGUCUAACGUGAUCCAGUUCCACUGUGAAGCAAACAAUAUUAUAUAUCAUUAUUAUGUUUCAACAGUAUUAUGCCAAUUCA